UAUUAUACAUGAUAGAAAAACUGCGCAACGCAACUUUUUGUCGUUAUAGACACAUAACAACAUAACGACUUAGAGAAUCACACUAUUGGUUGGUCGUUUAUCAGCAAGAUCAGCAAGCGUGUUUCUAAGAGAGUAAAAAGGCGCGGUUGGGAUUGCUUGUGCAAUCCUCCUUAUUUCUUGUGCAAGCAUAUCCUGUAUUCCCAUUUAAUCCUUCCAUAUAUUAAUCUCGUUUAAUGGCCAAAUCGUCCCUGCCCUACUAGUUCACCGAGGACGGGUGCCAAAUCAAUCUGAAGAAGAAGAAGAAGAAGAAACUGUUUCACCAGACUUUGACAUUUCUGUCUGUUUCAUCAUCUCAUAACAUUUGUCGGAAAGAGUGAAGAACCUGGAGGAGUACAGAUGUCGUUCAGACUAUUAUCUAAAGUAUAACUCCCCCUGUGACUCUUCCUAUCACUCCUGCAGAUUGAGACAGAAGAUUUGUUCACGAGUGAAGGACAUGCAGUCUCAGAGAGAGGGAAAUGGACAGUACAAUGUUUCUGAAAAGACGUCAUUUCCCUAUAUAUAUAUAUAGCGUACGCACGAACGAUUGUACGCAUAACGGUUGAUGUAUCUGGAAAGUACGGAUGUGGAACGAGUAAGAGCGGUGCAUAACGGUGGUCAGUUUGGUCGUGAAGGAAUUUCUUUCAGUCGUCAACUUCGUCGCAACUGGAUCUUGCAGCUGGCGUUUCAAUUUUGCAUAUCGCAACGAGUAUAUUGAAUCGAUGUGUACUGAAUGAUUACUGACGAUUUCGCGCGAAAAUGUUAUUCGAAGUGACAUUGGUUUCUGCCUGUAUUGUACUCAGUGCUAUUAUAUGCAGUGCUAUUGUUUUCCGCAAAUUUUCAUGCCUGUCCUGCCACCUGAAAUAUCAUUACCUUGGAUUAAAAUAUCACCUUCACGAUAUAAUCAACAUCAAGCAUAAUCAAAUAGAUUUAUCUUCAAAGCCGAAUAAAGUUGCAAUUGUAACCGGUGGUUCUAGAGGUAUAGGAGCAGAGGUAGUCAAGAAAUUAUUGCAAUGUGACAUGGAAGUCAUAAUUGCUUGUAGGACACUUGAAGCAGGUAAUAAGCUCAUCGAUGAGAUUAGAAAAUCUGGUAUCGUUAGCGGAAAAGCAAAAGUUUACAAACUUGAUAAUGCAUCUUUCGAAUCGGUCAGAAGCUUCGCCAAGCGAAUCAAAACAGAUUACGAUCAAAUUCACAUAUUAAUCAACAAUGCCGCUAUUAUGUUUCCCGCUGUCUGUAGAAAGACAGAAGAUGGAUACGAGGAGCAAUGGGCCGUGAAUUAUUUAUCACAUUUUUUGUUAACGUCUCUUCUUUUGCCAUUAUUGAAAGCCGGCGGGCGUCCUGGCGAAUGCAGCAGAAUUGUCAACGUCUCUUCGUGUGCCCAAGACGUUGGCACCAUAAUUUUCGACAACAAUGAUUUUUCCGGGAAAACGUUUUGCACGCAUGCAGGAUAUGGACAAAGUAAAUUAGCACAGACAAUGUCCACAAUAACGUUGCAGAAACUUUUAAAUGACAAAUCAUUGAAUGUAUUAGUAUAUGUCGUGCAUCCAGGAAUAGUGAAAACAGAUUUAUUUAAAGAGCAAUUUGUAAGCAACAACAAGAUCAAAUGGAUCAUGUCCGCAUGGAAGACACCUGACCAAGGAGCAACUUCAGUAGUAUAUGCUGCAAUCAGCAAAGAUAUUGAAAAGAAAGGUGGGAUAUAUAUAAGCAAUUGUAAGGAGCGCUUUUUUCCCUUGUCCAUAGGCAAGGAGGAAAUACACGAACGAUUAUUUAAAUUAUCUUUAAAACAAGUACAUUUAAAAGAUUUUUUCCAAUAUUUAUAAAAUGCAGUCUAUUCUAUAUCUUGAUAAAUAAUUCCAUAUUUUGCUAAAUUUUUCUUUUAAUAUUUGUUUUAAGGAUAAUUCAACAAUGAUUCCGAUUAUUAGUAUUUACGAAUGUUGAAACAAUCUUUUAAAUGUACUUUAAAUUGUCAAAUAUUGAUACGUUCAAUUUAAACAUGUAAAAAUACUUAUUUGUUAUAAUGUAAAAAAGAAUAAUUCGUUGUCAUUUAAAAGACACAUGAAUAAAUAUUAGAUAUAGUCUUUAAAAAAUAAUA